GAUGUGUAAUGCUUAUUCGUUACAGAUUAUUCUAGGACAAUGGGAAAGGAUAACGUUCAUCUUUGGCAUUAUCGUCUCACUUCUGUCGAUCUUUACAGCACUGCUAUGAGCACAACAUCAGAUGACACCUAUGAAGGUUACUACAUUAUUGGUUUCAAAGCUGUUGGGACGUGGCGAAGACCUCUCGUCGACGAUAUCACCUUGAAAUGGCAAGCUCAAAUGCAUACCAAGAUCAUGGAAAAGCAGUCUGAUGGCUGUCACCGCAGUGUUACCACAAGAGUCAUGACCGAACAGGAGAUGGAUGAUAUCGUCCUCCGUAAAUGUCCAAGAACCUGGCCAUACAAUGCGGUCGAGCCACCUGAUAACUCCGGACAGGAGGCAGACACCUCUGUGUCCCACAGCGCUCGAAAGGCUCAGGCAGUCCUCCAAAAUAAAAAUCACGAUGAAAGCGCCUCCCUUCGCCCUGCCGAGGAUGUUAUCAAUCGCCUCAAAUACGAUCGUGCCAACUUCAAAGUUGAUGAAUGGGCGAUUGGAUAUGUCGACAGACACAUGCAAGCUAUGCAAGAGAAGCCGGUGCGCGACUGGGCAACAGAUGUCACUGAUGAAGCUUUUAUACCUCAACACAGAAUUGAAUACUUCAAGGUUUAUCCCAAAGAUAGUCCGCCGGUCAUCAUGUGGGAGAAAGCAAGUAAGAAAGAUCUCAUCUUCACAGGUCGAGAAGGGAAAGUCAAUAAAGAAGUGGAGACGGAAGCGGAUGAUGAGAUGUUGACGAAGAGAGAGAGGAAGCAGAAGGCAAAAGAAGAGAAUGAGAGUAAGCAGCAAGAAUGGUCGCAGGAAGCAGAGAAUGGCAAGAAGGAGCCGGAAGCCAAAGAGAAUGUGGAUGAAGAGCGGAAGCAGAAGCGUAAAGGUUCACAGAAGGGGAAGAAACAUGGAAAGGCUCUACCCCAGAUUGUCACCAACGCGAGUGUCGGACAGCCCACUAAGCAAGACGAACAAAAUCUGACGAGUCCAAAGCGUGGAAAGAAGAAAAGAGACAAGGAAAACAACGGAACAUAAGAGAAAGAAGGAGAGUAUUGAUUUACAUAUUUUCUAAUCGAUUCGGGAGAAAGCCUCUAGCAAAGCUCGCAGCAGUUUCUGCUGCUUGAAACCCUGUAUCAGUAGUAGCCCUCAAGGAUCGUUUAGGAAAUAGCUUCCUUUGAUGCUUUUGGCAAUUGGAAAGUUAUUCAAAUCACA